AUGACGACCACAAGCGGCACCAGUGGUAGCUUUGCCCCCUUUGCAGCCAUCGAGAUCCCCUUCUCAUCCGUCCCACCCUCGGGCACACCCGAAUACGCCGAGUUCAUCGCGCACUACCUCUCCUCGGCCUUCGCCUUCAUCCGUGCCACGCCCGGGUGGAAGAAGACCAAGCACUUCCACACCGACGUCGGCGGCGAUGUGCAGUGCAAGCUGCUGCCCAGUCCCGUCUCACAGAUCGCCAAGAAGGGCUGGCACCUGCGCGAAUCCCAACACGCAUCCGACUGCGGCUUGACCUACGAUGACUUCCGCCGCUAUCUGCGCUUUCAACAUUCCACCUACGAGAAGCUGUACAUCGAGGACAUCCAGGUCACUCAGCGACUGGCAGCGGUGAAAGAAGACGAGGCGGAAGUGUGGCACAACGCUUACAAGCUGCCGAUCGUCACGGCCGAUAGGGACUUUGUGCAGAUGCUGUUGACCAUCGAUCUGCCCCCUCACCCCGAGCCCUUCAGCGAGGCGCAUGAGGCAGCAACGCUGGAAUGGAUCAGAAGCGCCGACCGAACAAUCGAGCCGCCAGCGGUCGCCGAUGGAGCGCAUCGUUCCUUUGUCGUGCUUCAAUUCCCAAUCGCCCACCCAGACGCCCCAGAGAAGGCGCCCAAGGUCCGCGCCGUCUACUCGUCGUUCGAAGCCGUCUCCGAGGCAGCUGGGGACAAGGUCGACUGGAAGAUGGCCGUGCAAUCCGACACACGCGGGAGAAUACCUACAUUUUUGCAGGAAGGGGCCAUGCCCGGAGAGAUCGCGCACGACGUCCAUGCGUUUAUUGGGUGGGCCAACAAGUACAAGGCUGAAAACCCGCCUGCUGGCGACCAGUAG